CCACUGACAGUUUCUCAGAACCACAGCCUCGAUCCAUCGGGGGAGAGGAUGGGAGAGCCUACGCGGCAGGAGCUGGCGGAGGCGGCGCUCGCCGGGGAGUCGGCGGAGCAGCGCAACCGCUUCCUGGUGCUGCGGCUGUACGAGGCGCUCGGCUCCUGCGACGCGCGCCGGGCGCGGAAGCUGCUGGCGCCCGACCUCGAGUGGUGGUUCCACGGCCCCCCCACGCGCCAGCACAUGAUGCGCCUCCUCACCGGCGCGGACCACCAGCGCCACAUGAGCGGCGGCGGCGGCGGCGGGUUCGCCUUCUCCCCGCGCUCCGUCGACGCCUUCGGGUCCACCGUCGUCGCGGAGGGCGGCGCUGACGACGCGCGCCAGCUCUACUGGGUGCACGCCUGGACCGUGGGGCCCGACGGGGUCAUUACCCAGCUCAGGGAGUACUUCAACACCGACCUCACCGUCACCCUCCUCGCCGGCACUGCCUCCGCCAAGAAAGCUGCUCCGCCUAAGAAGCAGCAGGACGCUGCCUCUUCUUCUACCUCCUCCUCCUCACCCCCCUCGGCUGCGUCGUCGUCUGCAGCUGCAGGGUCCAAGUGCCUGUGGCAGAGCCGCCGCGCCGACAGCGCGCACAAGUCGCUGCCGGGCCUCGUCCUCGCCAUCUGAGACUAGAGACAGCAAGAUCCAUCUACCCUCCAUUAUAAGUUUAUAACCUUAUUACAAAAGAUCCUAAAAUUCGAAACUGUUAUUGCAUAAAUAAUCUGGAACUGCACUAGUUGUAUGUACUCGGAGUCGGAGUCAGUCAGUGAAGACGUAAUGACGAUGCGCGUAUGGACUGAACUGCUCGAUCCUCCGUGUUGUGACUUGUGAGGUUCAGGUGUCGUGUGUGCUGCUACUGUAAUGAUCGACUGUUAUUGUCCGAGUCUGCUGGAUCAUGGAUGUGAUGUGAUGGUAUAUCGUGGUGGUUAAAUAAAAGUUUCAUGAU